UUUUUUUGUUGAACUCUGAAUGUAGGGCAUACAGGGUCAGGCUGCUGUAGCUAGUGCAUGUUUUCGUGGCACAGCUUUGCAUAAUUCUUCAACAAUAAAACUGCUUCGCAGGUACAAGGCGUGGCUGGAGUUUUGCAACCUGGAGGCGGAUACGAGUCUAAUUUCCAUUCGCUCUAAGGUCCUGUGCUCCCAGCACUUCGCACCAGUUGCUUAUUUGCGCACAGGAAGGCUUCGGUGGGAUGCAGUUCCUACAUUGAAGCGCACACUGCAUGGCGUUGGAGGAAGUAGUGCCUACGCCAAUCAGAGCAGACUUGAAAGCAGUGGGCCUUCAACGGAGGAACGUGUGCAAGCUGUGGUAGCCUGCGAUGACGACAGCACAGGAGCAAUACACCUUCACCAGAUGAGUCAUCCUUGCCAUGCUGAAGAGUGUGGUACUGAAGAAAGUCAGCAACAGCGUGAUCUGUCUCAUCAGGACCAUAGCUACGCACAACACGCACCAGCCUUGUCAACACAGAGCACUGUUGUCUCCCCACUAGCUGCAGUUGUCACUCCUCUGCCAGGAACGUCGUCUGGUGUACUGCGUGCAGUCUCGUCACCUCAGCACUUAGGAGGUGGAAGUGGCUGGCAUCCCCCCAAAGAUUGCCCAUCGUCCAGUAGUCUAGCAGCUCCAGCACAGCCAACAAAAGGCAAGCUGGAUAACCUCCGCAAGAAAGUGCACCAGUUGCAAGCCCUGUGUUCAGCACCUGUGUUCAUAGAUACCUAGCAUACAUUUUCUAUUUUGAAUCUUCA